AUGAGCCCCUGCACUCUGUCCAUUCACCAGGAAAUUACGACUCAGCUCGUUGAUGUAAGUCAUAAGCAGAGCGCAGAGGACGAGCAGCAGCUAAAGCUGAAGCUAAAGAUGCUGACCAACAUCUCCAAUGUGCUCCGAGCCUGCGCCCAGAGACAUGGCGUCGCAGCAGUCAUGUCGGCGCGCACCUACGCUGACUUCACCUCUGAAGCAACAUUUGAAAUCAAGAAGUGUGACACGUUUAAGUUGGACGUGGCCCCUGCCACUGAAGUUGUGAUGACCCGGGACGAGGGGCUGCAUUAUUACCGCGUCAUGCAGACUAUUAGGCGUAUGGAGCUGAAGGCAGAUCAGCUCUACAAGCAGAAGAUCAUCAGAGGCUUCUGUCACUUGUACGAUGGACAGGAGGCCUGUGCUGUUGGUAUUGAAGCAGCCAUUAAUUUGUCUGACCACCUGAUUACUGCUUAUCGAGCCCAUGGUUACACCUUCACCCGAGGGGGGACUGUGAAAGAGAUCAUGGCAGAACUAACAGGGAGAAGAGGAGGUAUUGCAAAGGGAAAGGGGGGUUCUAUGCACAUGUACUGUAAACAUUUCUAUGGAGGAAAUGGAAUUGUUGGUGCUCAGGUUCCUUUGGGAGCAGGAGUGGCCUUGGCCUGCAAGUAUCAAGGCAAUAAUGAGCUCUGUGUCUGUCUCUAUGGUGAUGGAGCUGCAAACCAGGGACAAAUAUUUGAAACCUACAACAUGGCUGCGCUUUGGAAACUCCCUGUCAUUUUUGUCUGUGAGAACAACAGAUAUGGCAUGGGAACUUCAGUAGAGCGUGCAGCUGCCAGCACAGACUACUUCAAGAGGGGAGAGUUCAUUCCUGGUCUCAGGGUUGACGGUAUGGAUAUCCUGUGUGUCCGUGAAGCAACACGGUUUGCAGCUGAACACUGUCGGGCUGGAAAGGGUCCUGUCCUUAUGGAACUGCAGACCUAUCGCUAUCAUGGACACAGCAUGAGUGAUCCCGGAGUCAGUUACCGUACACGUGAGGAGAUUCAAGAGGUCCGCAGCAAGAGUGAUCCCAUUUCUCUGCUAAAGGAUCGGAUGCUGAGCAACAACAUGGCCAGUAUAGAUGAACUUAAGGAAAUUGAUGUUGCAGUUAGAAAAGAAAUCGAAGAUGCCACAUUGUUUGCUACCACAGAUCCUGAGCCUCCUCUGGAGGAUCUGUGCAAUCACAUCUAUCACAACAACCCAGAGAUUGAGGUGCGCGGCACCAACCCCUGGUCCAAGCUCAAAUCUGUCAGCUAA